GCUCUGUCCCGACAAGGAGAUCAUCAACGCCCUCAUCGCCGACAAGUACAUCCCAAAGCGGGAGGGCAAGGUCAAGGGCCGCAGCUCAGUCAUUGAGGACAUGGAGAAGAAGACCUGCGAGCUGAGGCAGGAGUAUGUCGAGCAGAAGGAAGAGGAGAUUGAGUUCGGGGAUGGGGAUGUGGAGUUCGAACACUUGAUCCAAUCCAAAGACUGCGUGAUGAUGUGGGAGUGGGCGGGCAUCAUUCAGCGCGGCCGCCCCGAGACCGUGAAGAUUGAGUGGAAGGCCUUGGGCUGCGAGCCGUUGCGGGAAAAUGCCCUGCACGACAAUGUGGUUCACCGCAAAAAGCGAGAAAAGGUCAACGGGAUAUGGCAGUGGCAACGAACCCACUAUGUGAGGAUCGUCACCCACAGGCUGCCCGGUACUAAGGGGAAGACCCUCAAGGUCAUCGACCGCUGCUGGCGAUUUCUCGAGGAGCCUGUCCUUGCGAACCAGCAUACAAAAGCGGGCAGAUCCCUACUCCGCGCAGAGCUUAGCUCGGCGCAGUACGAGUACUGCAACCGAUAUGCUGACAUUUGGGUACGCUGUGGUGACCUGUGA